GUCCAAGCACCUCCGAACAUCCACUGCCGCAGUACAUAAUUCUCCCAGUUGAUCCUUCGCAGUUUCUUCGCUUUUUGUCAAUAGUUUAGUUAUCUCGGCGGUACUGCACCGGAUAUCGGGCCUCGUGAUUGCGCCAAGCACACCGUCUCCAGAAUCCUUGCACGUGCUGUGGCUGGCAUCCUUUGAAUUCUCUCCCACUCUUCUCCAGACUUGUUCUCCAUUACUUCUUAUACCCCCUUUUGGUUAUGGCAGUGAAACUACGUCUCAAGAAGGUGACAUCCACUUCGAAGGCUGUCUCAGACGAUAUUUGCAUGCGCCGGCUGGACCGGUACUCCAAGGAAUCUGUGGAGAAGCAAAUAUCUAUACCGGAGACGAUCACAGCUCUUGACACCUAUCCACCGUUUUUGAGGAUCCCAUCUGAAGUUCGCCGCGAGAUCUUAAGAUAUGUUCUUCCAUCUUCGAACGGUCGAUUCGUCCUCUACACUGAUUGCGACUCGACUGUGAUCAGCAAGACAUGGAAUCGCAAGUGCAGACCGCACCCUGAUAAGCAUCUCAGACUCGACAUUUUCCGAAUUAGCCGCCUUAUUUACCACGAGUGUCUCUCCGUCAUGUACUCGGAGAACCUGUUUCACUUCUACGCCUUCAAUUAUCUGCCUGUAUUGGAUUUCAUUCGCCACCUUAGCCCCGAAGCAAAGAGCUUGGUACGGAAAGUACGACUUACGCCCCUCACGGAUAAGCAAAGCGACCCACCCGCAAGCCACGAUCUCUUUUGUACGGUCAUACAUGACUCGCUUCCUGGGCUCAACGAAUUGCAGGCCGAUCCAGUUGUGUUCUUCUAGCGCCUUUCCCUUACGACCUUGUCUCCUUCCCUUCACAUUAUGUCAAAAAUCAUGAGCGUGUUCAUAAGCGGGCGUUUCGGUACAAUCCCAAUAGACAUGUCGGCGCAGGUGUUUGAAUUACAACCCAUUUCAUCAACAUCAACAAUUCUGGUCAGAAGCUCAGUUUCGGCACAUUACAGCGCCUUCAACUUCUCAAGAUCGACUACAAUACCAUGAGUCGCCUGAUGUAGAGCCAUGGAUCGACUUUCCGCUCGCGCAGAGUCCCAUAAUACAUAUCGCCGCGCCAAUCCAGAAGGUAGCAACGUUCAGAACUGUAAGGCUCAUCUUCUUCCAGUUCGCAGUGUAGUUACCCCAGUUGAGGUACAACCAUAAAUAGCCACUCAUUCCAUAGGUGAACCGGGCAGUGAAUAACGCCG